UGGGGCUUGGGCCGAGUAGGUGCGAGCCACAGGUGUUGUGAUGUUUUGAAUCCUUGGAGUGUUUUGGAAGUUCAUCAGGUUUAAAUGGAAAUUUUGACUACUGGAGCUUCUUGAUGGCCCUUCAGUGACCGGACAAUAGAUUUUAGAGCAUCAUUGCUUUGACUUCGUAGGGCUUGGGGGGAGAAGUCCACAGAAAUCUACUGCGGAAAAUGUUUGCCAAACUUAAAAAGAAGAUUGCAGAGGAGGCUGCCAUUGCACCACGGCCAGGAGGAGCUACACGUAUCCCAAGGUCUAUCAGUAAGGAGUCAGUUGCUUCUGUAGGAGCUGACUCAGGAGAUGACUUUGCUUCUGAUGGAAGCAGCUCUCGAGAAGACCUUUCAUCCCAGCUAUUUAGAAGAAAUGAACAAAUAAGGAAGCUAGAGGCCAAACUUUCUGAAUAUGCUGAACAGGUGCGAAAUUUGCAGAAGAUAAAAGAGAAGCUUGAAACUGCAUUAGAAAAACAUCAAGAUUCUUCCAUGAGAAAAUUACAAGAGCAGAAUGAAACACAUCAAGCCCACAGAGCCAAAAUGGCAGAAGGAAUGGCUUUGGCACUAGCAAAAAAGGACCAGGAAUGGGCAGAGAAGUUGACUCAACUUGAAAAAGAUAAAAGGCUGUUGACAGCUCAGUUGCAGGACAUGAAGAACCAAAGUUUGAAUCUGUUCCAAAAGAGGGAUGAAAUUGAUGAAUUAGAGGGAUUCCAACAACAGGAGCUAGCCAAAGUCAAGCACAUGCUUUUGAAAAAGGAGGAAAGUCUGGCAAAAAUGGAACAGGAACUGGAGAUGAGAACCAGAGAAUUGAGUCGUGCACAAGAGGAGCUCUUGGUCUCUGUUCGGGGGUCUUCAGAUUUGAGCUGUGAGCUGGAGAUUUUGCAGAGACAGUAUUCAGCACUGGAAGAGCAGAGGGAUCAUUUGUUAGCUGCAGAAACAGGUGCAGAAAAUAAGAUCACUACUUUGGAACAGAGGGAACAAGAAUUACAAAUGUUCAUUCAGCAGCUUUCUAUUGAUUUGCAAAAGGCUGCUGUCAAAGCUGAAGAGAGAGAUAAACUCAUUGAACAUUUGCAGGAAAAGGUUUUGUCCUUGGAGAAGAGAUUAGAAGGAAACUUAUCAGGGGAGGAACAUGUACAGGAGCUGCUCAAAGAGAAAUCUGUUGCAGAACAGAAAUUGGAUGAAACAAGGCAACAGUUGUUGGCUGCUAGGACCAGCCAAGCUGAAACAGUUAGCCUUCUGGAGACCCAGAUCACAAAACUGAACAGUCAGGUAACUGACAGCCAAGCUUUACUUCAAGAGAAAGAAGAAUUUAUAAAAGGAUUACAAGAAAGCAGCCUUACUCAGGUAAAAGAACUUGAGGAAAUGCUGCAGAUUUCAGAUGAGAAGCUGAGGAAGAGCAAUGAAGUAAUGAUUGAAAAAGAUGCUCAGAUUCAAAGGCUUUCUAGUUUAGCAGAAGAAAGUAACAAAUUGCAGCAGCACAUCCUUGUCCUGGAACAGCAGUGUGUGGAGCAGGGUAACCGACUGGAGGCUGAAAUAGCUGCCCUUGAGAGAGUGCGAGAAUCUGACAAGAUGGCAGCGAGUCACCAGAUACAACUGCUAGAGGAAGAAAAUGCAAACCUUAAAGAAAACAGAAAUGAAUGUGAAAGUUCUUUAUUAACCUACAAACUUGAGUUGAAGAAAUUAAAGGAAGAAUGGGGCCAGAGAGAAACUGUGAAUGUGGAAAUUGCCAAGGCCCUGGAAGAAACCCGGAAACAAAGGGAAGAUCUUCAGCAGCAGGUUGUGGACCUGACAGCAUUAAUAAAUGAGAAGGAACUGUCUCUCAGUGAGAAAACUGAAGCUAUCCUCCAAAAAGAAGAGGAAAUUGUCCAAAUGAAAAAAGGGCAUGACAUUGUCCUGCUACAAAUGCACCAGUUGCAGAGUGACAUGGAGGCCUGCAGGUGUAAAGAAGCCAAAAGGGAUGAGUCUGAAGGAAAAGAGAUGAAUGUGUUGAGGCUGCAGAUAGAUGAAGAGGAGGAAGAGGAGGAGGAGGAGGAAACCCUUCAAGCCCAGGGUGAGCCAAAUGUAAUCGUUUAUGGAGAACCAGCAAAGGAAUUGAGUGAUGAUUUAUACCCCCUCUCAAAUGACCAAAGGACACUGAAUGGAGAAGUAGACUGUGUUGGUAUGGUACAACUACAAAAAGAAAACCGAGACUUGGAGCAGCAGAUCAUAGAGAAAAACAAGACUAUAAAGCAGCUGCAGCAGAGAAUGUUAGAACUCAAGAAGACCCUCCAGAAGGAACUGAAAAUUCGGCCUGAAAAUGAUAUCUUUGAAGUUCGGGAGAAACCCAAUCCUGAAGUGCCUACUGCUUCCACAACUGUCACCAAUAACUCAGACUUAAAUGAUUCUCGAGAGAUAAAUUUUGAAUACCUCAAGCAUGUGGUUUUAAAAUUCAUGUCCUGUCGGGAAUCAGAGGCUUUUCAUCUCAUUAAAGCCGUGUCUGUGCUACUGAAUUUUUCACAAGAGGAAGAAAACAUGCUCAAAGAGACCUUGGAGUAUAAGAUGUCGUGGUUUGGGUCCAAGCCAUCUCCCAGAGGUAGCAUUCGGCCAUCCAUCUCGAAUCCCAGGGUGCCAUGGUCUUAAAAGAAACCUGAGAAUGGAAAUUCCAUGUGUAGCCACUUUUUCUAUGAAAAGAACACAGCACACCAGUCUGGGUGGGUUUUUUAUCACUGUAAUUGCAGUAUUUUGUACAAGCUUUGAAACAUUGUUUACAAGACAAAUAAUGGUUAGAACUUCC